AUGGCUUCCAACAGCAACAAGCAAGCAAAAAGAAGACUCAAACAGUUGGGUGCUGUUCUUGAUCCUUCAAAAGCUGGGUGGUCAGAUUCCGAAGAUGAAGACUUGAUUCACGAAGUCAGCGUAAAAUCAGUUCGAAUUGGCGAUGUGAUUUUGCACGUUUAUCCCGCCGAAAAUCCAGAAUUGGUACCUGAAGUACCAGGACCAUUUUACGAAGGGGCUCAAGAUAUACUCAGGCAUUUAAGAUGGAUAAUGCAAAAAGACAAGCUUGGUCAAGACAUUUUCCUACUAGGCCCUCCAGGUCCCUUACGACGAAACCUUGUUAUGAAAUAUGCAGAAAUGACACAAAGAGAGAUUGAAUAUGUAGCGCUAUCAAAAGAUGUGACAGAUGCCGAUUUAAAGCAAAGAAGAGAAUUGCAGAAUAGCACGUCUUUUUAUGUCGAUCAAGCAGCUGUUAGAGCAGCUAUUCAUGGGCGAAUUUUAGUGUUGGAUGGAAUUGAAAAAGCAGAACGAAAUGUGUUGCCCAUAUUAAACAACCUGUUGGAGAACCGUGAAAUGUCACUGGAUGAUGGUCGAUUCUUAACAGCAAGAGAAGUUACUGGUUCUUCGGAUACCAAAUUCGAGAAGGUGAGCCCGCGUUUCCUGGUGUUUGCUUUAGGCUUACCGAUCCCACCUUAUGUCGGAUAUCCGUUGGACCCACCUUUGCGAUCACGUUUUCAAAGUAGAGAUAUUAGAGCGCCAGAUUUCAAAACACAAGUGAAUCAGUUGAUGAGCUUGUUAAACAACAAAAAUGUUCCGCGCGAGUUGAUCGAGCGCUUAGUUUCCAUUAGUAUGGUCUUAGGUGUGCAAGAGAAAAAUGCUCACCGUGAGGUUGAAGUUCCUGAAUUCCCCAUGACAAUAGAAAGCAUAGCUCCUCUAUUAUCAAUGGUACCAAAAGUGCAUCCUCGUUUUCUGGUUGAUAUAUUAUACCCUUAUCCACUUCUACCAACAUGUGAUCUUGAACAGCUCAGUGUAAUCGAAGCUGCUUUUAGGAGAUUCGGUGUCAAAUCACCUACUGUCGAAGCCCAUGUAGAAGCUCGUCAGACCUCUUCCGGUUAUACAAUAGCCAACAUUGAACCUCUACCUUCCAAAGAUAGUAUAACAGUUGACGGUUAUUUUUACAUUCACCGGGCUAUUGCUACUUUUAUGCCUCAGCACAACAGCAAUGUCGGUGAUGCUAUCGGCUUGCCUAUACAUUGUGGUCCUGCUGAAUUUAGCCCUGCCGAAUACUUUGUCGAAACUCCGUACCAUAGUGAAAUUUUCUCUGCUAUGGUGCUUUUGCAUGCUGGCGGCAAAGACAUCUGUCUAAUAGGCACACAGAAAGGUGUGGGUAAAUCUACACUGGUCCGAAAUUUUGCUCGUCGAUUAGGAUACACCAUUGAUUACAUUCCGCUUUACCGCGAUAUGUCUUCUCGUGAUUUACUUCAGCGCAGAUCAACAACAGCUACUGGCGAUACUGUUUGGGAAAAUUCAUUAUUAGUUGAAGCUGCUAUUCAUGGACAUCUGGCUGUCUUGGAUGGUAUUGAAGCCCUUUCUUACGGUACUCUCAACACGCUCCAGCGUCUUUGUGCAGAUCGUGAAACCCAAUUACCCGAUGGUACACGUUUAAUCAGUGGCCGUCGGUAUGCAAAGCUACUGCGUAAAUUCUCACCGGAAGAACUAGAAGCCAAGCGACUUCUUCCUGUUCAUCCUUCUUUCCGCAUUAUUGCUUUGGCAAGGGCUGGCACGAGUGAUCAAGCAGGUAGCCAUUCGGGUGCUUGGUUGACGGCCGAAAUCCUCUCCAUGUUUCACUUUAUUGUUGUUGAUUCUCUUCCAUCACAUGAAGAACAAAAUGUCCUCAAGGCUCUUUCCCCAGGAGUCGAUGAGAAUAAAUUAAGAAAAUUACUGACGUUCUCGAGAAGAUUGCGCCAUGAUAAGGAUGAUACUAUUCGUAUGCUUUCUAGCUCUUUGUCGACUCGGCAACUUAUACGCAUUUGCCGUCGAUUAGCUUAUUUUGAUGAUGAAAGCCUGUAUGUAGCCAUUAACAAAGCCGCUUUGUCUCGUUUCUUACCUUCUGUUGCCCGUGAGGCCCUUCAUUCGUUGAUGGUUGCCAAUGGUAUUUAUCCUCCUAAACCUACAGAUAUAGAAAAGGAGCUUCUUAUCGAGGUGUUGCCUUCCAGAGAAGCACCAAAGCAAAUUCGAAUUGGUAAUGUAGUCGAGCCGGUUUUCAUGGGUGGCAACCCUAUGCUCAUCCCGAAAGUGGUAUUCCACGAAAAUCCAGCACAUACGGAAAUUUUGAAAGAAAUGCUUAAAGACUACCAAUUGGGAGAUCAUUUACUUUUAAUCGGUAACCAAGGUGUGGGUAAGAACAAAUUAGCGGACUAUUUUUUGCAGUUGCUCCAACUGCCUCGUGAAUACAUACAAUUGCACCGUGAUAGUACUGUACAGAGCUUGACGGCAUCACCCGCUAUUGUCAACGGUGUGCUAACGUACGAAGAUUCUGCGUUAGUCAAAGCUGUCAGAGACGGUACCAUACUUGUUGUGGAUGAAGCAGAUAAGGCACCUACAUACGUUACAGCAGUUUUGAAGAGUUUAGUAGAGGAUGGACAGAUGUUAUUAGGAGAUGGCCGUCGCAUCAUCUCAAAAGAAUCUGAUAUACAAGACAGCAAAAAUUACAUUAUGGUGCAUCCUAACUUCCGUAUGCUGGUUCUUGCUAACCGGCCAGGUUAUCCAUUCUUGGGUAAUGACUUUUAUCGGGAAAUUGGUGAUGUAUUCAGCUGUCAUGCUGUAGACAAUCCUGAUAUGCUUUCUGAAAUGUUCUUACUGCGCAAAUAUGGUCCCAAUGUCUCUGAAGAUUUGCUUAUGAAACUAUCUAGUGCCUUUACUGAUUUGCGCAAACUGACAGAUGAGGGGCUGAUUACUUAUCCUUACUCAACUCGCGAAUUGGUAAAUGUUGUGCUUCAUCUCCAGACUUAUCCUGAGGAAGGUAUUUCAAAGAUAUUGCAAAAUGUCUUUGAUUUUGAUCAAUACGAUCAAGCAUCCAAAGAGCUGGUCAUUGAAAUUUUCGAAAAGCAUGGUAUACCCAUUGGACUUGAAUCCGAUUUUUCGAUGAAUUUGGGUGAUGUUAUUUCUUUGAGUUCGCCUCUUCUAACCGAGCAAUGGAAGCGGAUACCAUCAGCCAAUAAGGAAAAAGCACUCAAAAUACUUACUGAAGAUAUCGCUGUACGUGGUGGUUGGGACAUCGACGUGGGUAAGAAGUGGAAAGCACUCGAACGUAAAGAAGGUCGAUCCAUCGUUUUUUCGGAACAGCUCUACACUUUUGAUAUAUCAACGCGUGGAGAAGCUCUUGAUAUUGCUGCUGUAGAUGAUGGUACAAUUUUUGUUGUAACGACAAACCCCGUCACUCUUCACAGAGUCGAGCCUUCUCACAAACAUGUAGACAGCUUGGAUUUGUAUGAAUAUUUUCCCCUUCAAAGAGCCCCUCCUCGUCUGCGUAUCGCUGUCAUUCGCUCAUUAGCAGGCGAUAUCAAAUAUCUAGCACUACAUAAUCCAUCCAACAAUGAGCUUUUAUGUUGCAAUUUUAACAAGAAGAAGGUUGUAUCAGUAGUUAUUCGAGGAUUGGAGCCCGUCAAGUCUAUUAUGUGCACUAGUCUAAGCUCUACUGGUGUUCUUGUCUUUUAUCAAGAAGAUCAACCCAAUGUCGCCAUUUUAGAUUUCAACACAUCAAAGCAGCAUACCAUCACGCUUCCACGUCGUAUUCAACAACUUCAUGUCGUUGAUCACAAACUAUGGUUUGCUAGAGGCAGUCGUGACGCUAACCUUUACUGUAUUACACCUGAAGGUAACCAAUUAUUCCCAUCUGUUAUGGAGACUGUACAAGUACUAGGGCAAAAUGGUCAAACUAUCGAUCCGUUGGUCCAUAUUUACGGUAAAGAGUUUGCUACCGGCGCAAGGUUUGCUCAGAAUGCUCAUUCUGGUAAAUAUGCUUCAAUAUUGGAAGGAUGCUCUUAUUCUCAAUUCAACUCUGAUGGUGUUAUUCGCGUACUUUCUUAUCUGAGGGGUCUCCCAACUGCUGAUGGUGCUGCUGCUGAAGCUACAAGAAAAGUCAAGGGAUUCACUUUGUAUCUAGACCGUACUCAACAGUUAGCGAUAAUUCAUCCACCUACAAAUGGUCGUGGUGAAGGCUCAUUAGACUUGGUAAAUCCUUUUAAAAAUCAGAUUUGGCGCAUCAAGUUACCAUUGUCUAUUGUAGGAGGAGCCAUGGAAGCACCGGUACCCACUUACACUCAAUUUCAAUUAGAAAGAUUUGCUGCUACAAUGUGUGAAUUGCCUAAUGGAAAUCUUGUUACGUUGGAUAAUGCAGGUACUGUACGUAUCUGGCAAGUCAAUUCCAAUGAGCUUUACACAGCUGCACAGACAUGGAAACAAAUGGUCGGUGUCGAUCAAAAAGUUCUUUCUAUUAUUUAUGAAACUGAUAAGGAUAAAAAUGAAGGAGAGUUGGGCCAUAAUGACAACAAUAAGCUAGUAGGUGACCAAGGUAAUAGCGAUGCUAAGUGUGAGAAUAAUGGUCAAGGACAAGGCUCAGGAGGAACAUCAGGUCAAGGCGAAGGCGAUGUCAUAGGACAAGGUGGUUCUGGAGGUGGAGGUGUGAACGGUUCGGGUAACAAUAUGAACGAGAAUGGUCGUGAAGAAGCAUCAUUUGAAGAUAUUGAAAAUCUGAAAUUGAAAACUGCAGGUGAUGAGCCUGAGGCUAUCAGCAAGGCACAAAAAGAGAUGCAUGAUCAAGCAAUGGAAAAGAUGCUAUCAAAAAUUGAUAUGAAUCAAGCUGAUUUUCAGCAAUACACCAAGUUAAUGGAAAAUAUCCGCCGUGAGGUUCGUGAGCUCCGCGUCAUCCUAGAAAGUGUCGAAGCGAAGAAACAUGAACGUGUGUGGCUGAAAAACCAAUCUUCCGGCGAUCUGGACGAUACCAAAAUCAUUGAAGGCCUUACUGGUGAAAGAGCCAUCUAUAAGAAACGAGGUGAGGAUGACCCAGAACUUGGUCUUUUCCAAGAGAAGCCAAAAAGGAUGAACUUUGUUUUUGACCUGUCAGCAAGUAUGUACCGCUUUAAUACGCAUGACCGCCGUCUCGAACGAUCCAUGGAAGUAGCCCUCAUGUUAAUGGAAGCGUUCCGAGGAUUUGAACACAAGUUUGCUUAUAAAAUUGUCGGUCACAGUGGCGAUGGUGCCAAUAUUGAGUUUGUCUCGCCUGGCAAAUAUCCUAAAACCGAAAAAGACGAGUUCGAGAUUAUCAGUAAAAUGAAAGCUCAUUCUCAGUAUUGUUUGAGUGGCGAUAAUACAUUGGGGGCAGCGUCCCAUGCAAUGAAAGAAAUUGUACAAGAAGAAGCAGACGACUACUUUGUUGUCAUCAUAUCAGAUGCUAAUAUUGCACAAUACAACAUCCAUCCAAAUGAUAUUGCUAGAGUUUUAAAAUCUGAUGACAGAGUAACAGCAAGAAUGAUUUUCAUUGGUAGUAUCCAAGAUCAAGCAGAACAAUUGAAGAAGGCGCUGGGUAGCCAUGCUUACGUUUGUACUGAGAAUAAAGAGCUACCAAAGAUCAUGAAAUCACUAUUCCUUUCCUCUAUGAUCAACAGCUAA